GGGAAGAAAAAGCUUGCUGGUCGGUCGCUGACCACUGGCCGGUGCACGUCACCCUCACUUCUAAAAUCAAAGCUUGGCGCGUGAAUGGAAGUGGGAACCUUGCCGCCCUCGUUAAGACAUAUUUCAUUUCCAGCCUCCACUCACUUGAAUCUAACACUCAACCCUCCACGCAACGAGACACGAAGACGACGAAAUAUCCUGCCAUAUAUACAUACGUUCGCGCGCUCGAGAGAAAAGAAGGAGAUUUACAAACACAGGCACAUUUCAAGAACAAAGGAAAUAUGGCUACCCAGCGAAAGAACGGCAACUCGCCGGCUGAGUCGGUGGUGCGGAGCGCAGAUGAUAAGCGGAAGCUCGACGCCCUGGCCUCCGAUGACCGCCACUUCUCGAUGAUUCGCGCUCUCCAUCUCGCGGAUCUGAUCACGGAGCUCAAUGGCUUCUGUGGUGCCAUGAGCAUCUUCUCGUCGCUGCGCUACUGUCUCGGCGAUUCUACCGACUUGAACCAGUUGUACCUCGCCAUGGUGCUUGUGCCGCUCGGCCUGUUCUUUGACUUUAUGGACGGCAAGGUUGCGCGGUGGCGGAAGAAGAGCUCGUUGAUGGGACAGGAGUUAGAUUCGCUCGCGGAUCUUAUUUCUUUCGGCAUGGCACCGGCCUCGUGUGCGUUCGCCAUCGGCUUCCGCACCAUGCUCGACACGGUGCUGCUCUCGUUCUUCGUACUGUGCGGUCUGUCACGAUUGGCACGCUUCAACGUGACGGUGCAGUCGCUGCCCAAGGAUGCUACGGGCAAGAGCAAGUACUUUGAGGGAACGCCCAUCCCAACCACUCUCUCGAUCGUGUUCUUGAUGGCGUACUGGGCCAAGCAGGGACUGAUCCUCAACAACAUCCCAUACGGCACCGUUGGAGAGGGCUUGUGGGAGUUCCACCCCGUCGUUCUGAUGUUCUGUGUGAGCGGUUGCGCGAUGGUUUCGAAGUCAAUCCAUAUUCCCAAGAUAUGAUUACCAAUGGGGAAGAAGGGGGAGGGGGGCGGGCGUUGGGCUGGGAUGGAGGGGCCUCUUUUUACUUUUCCUUUUUGUUGACUACGGGCGAUUGUGAUAAUGUGCUAUCAUGAUGCAUGGGGC